GCUGGAUGUAAUGUGACACUGGAGCUGAGAGAUCAUGAGAGAGCACACCAUACUUCAGCAGCGCCGCGGAUAAUAGCACUCCUCCUCCGGCGGGAUUUAACCGGGUCUGAGUGUUGGAUGGCCGGGCGAUAGGGUCAGAGACGGUCCUGCAGGAUGAAUUCUCUCCCGUCUAUGGACAGACACAUCCAGCAAACCAACGACCGCCUCCACUGCAUCAAACAGCACCUGCAAAAUCCAGCAAACUUCCAGACGGCGGCGACGGAGCUGUUGGACUGGUGUGGAGAUCCACGAGCGUUUCAGCGGCCCUUUGAGCAAAGCCUGAUGGGAUGCCUAACGGUGGUGAGUCAUGUCGCAGGUCAGCAGGGUUUUGACAUGGAUCUGGGGUAUCGGCUGCUGGCCGUUUGUGCUGCAAACAGGGACAAAUUCACCCUCAAAUCAGCAGCGUUGCUGUCCUCGUGGUGUGAGGAUCUGGGUCGACUUCUGCUGCUGCGUCAUCAGAAAAGCAGACAACCCGAUCCAUCUGUGAGCAAGAACCCGAUGCAGGCCAACAUCAACAACAUAAAACCGGCUCUGUCACAUGAUGAUGCAUCAUUUCAAUAUGACUCCGUCUCCUGGCAACAAAACACCAAUCAGCCGCCGGGUUCUGUUUCCGUGGUGACCACUGUAUGGGGUGUGACCAAUACAUCACAGAGUCAGGUGUUGGGGAGCCCCAUGGCAAACUCAAACAUCCAUAUGAACCCUAUGACGGGAGGUAAUGGAGGUAUGAACCCGGGACAGUUUACCGGACACCAGCAGUUUUCCUCCAAGGCCAAUCCAAACCAGGCCUACAUGCAGCCGGGGAUGUACGGGAAAUCCAGUUACCCCGGAGGAGGAGGAUUCGGGAGCAGUUACGGGGGCGGUCCUAACCAUGCCGGUGGGAUGGGCCUGCCUUCACAGACACGCCCCCCAUCUGACUUCAGCCAACCAGCUGCUGCCGCCGCCGCCACUGCUGUGGCUGCUGCCGCUGCUACGGCGACCGCUACAGCCACGGCGACGGUUGCCGCGCUACAGGAGACACAACACAAGGACAUGAACCAAUGCGGCCCGAUGUGUUCCUCCUUUCAAAUGGGACCAAACCAGGCUUACAGCACUCCGUUUGUGAAUCAGCCCGGCCCCCGGGGGCCCCCUGCUCACCCUGGGGCCAUGAACGUGGGGCAGCCUCGGGGGCAGAUGGGGCCGUACGGGGGUCAGAGAACGCCCCAGCAGGGCUACGGGCCACGGCUAGUGCAGGGGGUGAAGAGACCGUAUCCUGGAGAGGGGAGCUACGGGCCGCAGUACGGACCAAACAGUCUGUUUGGCUCUCAGCAGGGUCAGUAUCCUCACCUCUCCUCAGCUCAGAGACAGUACCAGGCCUGCGGCAUGGGACAGUUCUGCAAGGAACCCAGCAGUAACUUCAGCACGGGAAACUUUCAUUACAGUUCGCCUCCGCGGCCGCUGGGCAGUUACCCUCACUCUCCGUUGCCGGGUGACCCCACGCCCCCCGUGACCCCAGGAAGUAAUAUGCCACCGUAUCUGUCACCAAACCAGGACAUGAAGCCCCCGUUUCCUCCUGAUAUCAAGCCCAACAUUAAUGCACCUGCUCCAGGUAACCCUAACGAGGAGCUCCGGCUGAUGUUCCCGGUUCGGGACGGUGUGGUUCUGGAGCCGUUCAGACUGGAACUGCUAAUUUCACAUUUUUUUAAAUUAAAUUAUAUUACUCUAAAUAUUGUAAUAUCGAAUCAGGUGGUUUAUUCCCAGCCCACAUACACACACACACACACACACACGUGUAUAAAAAUACAAAGGCUUCCUGUUCACAUCUGCGUGUGUUUGCGUCUCAGGUCUGAUCUGGAGCUUCAGUUCAAGUGUUAUCAUCAUGAAGACAGACAGAUGUACACGAACUGGCCGGCGUCUGUGCAGGUCAGCGUCAACGCCACACCGCUCAGCAUCGAGCGCGGCGACAACAAGACUUCCCACAAACCCCUGCACCUGAAACACGUGUGUCAGCCGGGCCGAAACACCAUCCAGAUCACCGUGACGGCCUGCUGCUGUUCGCACCUGUUUGUCCUUCUGCUGGUUCACCGGCCGUCGGUUCGAUCGGUGCUGCAGGGUUUACUGAGGAAGAGACUGCUCACCGCCGAACACUGCAUCACUAAAGUGAAGAGGAGCUUCAGUAGUGUGGCUGUGUCUGUCGGUGAUGAUGGGGUGGAGCAAACGUCCAUCAGAAUCUCUCUAAAGUGUCCAAUCACGUUCAGGCGCAUCCAGCUGCCGGCGAGAGGCUAUGACUGCAAACACAUGCAGUGCUUUGACCUGGAGUCCUAUCUAGAGCUGAACUGUGAGCGGGGCUCAUGGAGAUGUCCGGUGUGCAAUAAAGCGGCUCUGUUAGAAGGUCUGGAGGUGGAUCAGUACAUGUGGGGGAUUUUGAACGCUCUCCAGAACUCAGAGUGUGAGGAGGUCACGGUAGACCCGUCGUGCAGCUGGAGGUCGGUCCAGAUCAAAUCUGAGCCGCACAUAAAGGAAGAUCCGGACGGGUUGAUGUCCAAGCGCUUCAAAACCACGAGUCCCAGUCAGAUGGUGCUGCCCAAUGUGAUGGACAUGAUCUCUCAGCUCGACCCGGGAGCGUCUCCGUACCCCAACCAGAACCUCCAGCAGCAGAACAGCAGCACUAACCAGUACAACAGUCCAGGCAACAGUUUCAAGGGCCACAGUAAGUUUGGUGACUAUCCCCAUGGCAACGCUGCAGCAUCAUCAUCAUCAGUGAGUGAGUUCGUUCAGGGGCCGCACCUGUCUCACCCCCCCGCUGACCUUUCGACCUCUGAGAGCCUGACGCACACACUACAGGACAGCUCACAGACGCCUCACCCCCUCAACACAAAUCAAUCCCACAAUCCCCUGCAGCACAGUAUGCAGCUGUUACAUCACAGCGGCCCGCCCCAUGCCUGCAGACCACCGCCCAGCCAGAUGCACCCAGACGUGACCUUUAACCCCGCGUCCAACCUGGAGAUUCAGUGUGGGGGUCAGAGCAGCGCAGACAUACGCCAGGCCUCCUUAGAUCUGCUGCCAGACCUGAUGAAUCCAGACGAUCUUCUGUCGUACCUGGAUCCUCCAGACCUUCCCAGCAGCAGCAAAGACGACCUGCUGUCUCUCUUUGAGAAUAACUGAGACCUCAAACCUCCAUAUCUGACAAACAGAAAUGCACUUAUCGUCACUUCCUCUUCCUGUACAGAAUACAGAUUUCAAAACCAGCGAGGACAGAUGGACGCACACUGACAAUAACCAUUAUUUCUGCUUCCAGAUACCUUGUUUUUAUCUGUCAGAAUGACAGAGAGCGUAUGAAUAUCACUCAAUGUUUAGAGCUGAAGUGAACUUAGCAGCUAAAUUCAGUCUUUUCUACCACAUGAGAGUGAAAGCAGUGUGGUAGCGUUUUUCUACUUGCUUUGAUUUUGAUACGAAGAACCGGACAAACAUCCGUCCGCUGUCAUACUGUGUUCAUGUUACUCCUCCUCCACGUCUGAUAAGCUGCUUCUGUUCAUCAUUCAGCAGCGAUUCUCAAACGUUCAAUCCAAGCACAGCUCUUAUUCAGAACAAAUCACAUUGUUUGGAAACGUAAAGGGAGAAAACGCAAAUCAAGCUCCCACCGUGCAAUUAUCCGUCUAGUUCACUACUGUUCAUAAUGCAGUUGUGCUAUUUUAGAGAAGCUCAUGUAAAUAUUUGUGAAUACAUUUGUUUUUGAUUGGUCGUCCAUGUUUCUUCUGUCUAUGAGUAUUCAUUAUAAGAGUGUGUGAAAGACAGGCUACGUUCAGAAUGCAAUACUAUACUGAACUAUACUGCAUACUAUUUUAUAUAUUGGCAAUGAAAUAUAUUUACACAAAA